CCUAACACCAAAGAAAGAAAGGAAAGGAAAGGGAGUUGUUUGACAGCAGCCGUUAUUUAUUACGUUGGGUAGCUUUAUUGGGCAGAAAGAUGGGGAGAGGAAAAGUGGUGCUGGAGAGAAUAGAGAACAAAAUCAAUCGCCAAGUAACCUUCUCCAAGAGAAGGAACGGUUUACUUAAGAAGUCCUACGAGUUGUCGGUGCUUUGCGAUGCUGAGGUUGCUCUCAUCAUCUUUUCCAGUCGAGGCAAGCUCUCUGAAUUUGCCAGUAAUAUUGUGCCAACAACCCUGGAAAAAUACUGGCAGCAUCGAUACAGCUCCCCAGUCGAUAUUCCUCUGGACGAAACGCAGACAUUGUAUCAAGAGGUGUUGAGGUUAAAGGCAAAAUAUGAAUCUCUCCAGCGUUCGCAAAGGCAUCUUCUUGGAGAAGAGCUUGAGUCACUUACCGUGAAAGAGCUCUAUAAGAUCGAGAAACAGCUUGACAGGGCUCUCUCACAAGCUAGACAGAAGAAGACGCAAUUGUUGUUGGAACGAAUGGAAGAGUUGAGCAAAAAGGAACGUGAACUGGAAGUUGAAAACAAGCAGCUUAAGUCUCAGCUGGAGUUAGAGCAUUGUUUUCAAUCAGCUCAAGGGUUAGGAGAUUGUAGCAUAGAAAUGGGUAAUGAAUAUAAUAUGAUUCCAUCACAAGCUAAUCAUGCUCAGCAACAAUCCUCAACUCAUACGGGGUACCAUCAGUUUAUUCCUCAAGAAAGAGUAACUGAAGAUCGUACGGUGAACAGAUCAGGUGCAAACAAAUGUACUGCAGGAUGGCUUUGAUCCUUUCUAACCCAUUACCACUGCGUAGCUGCAAGACAUUCUUAAUUAUAAUUCUUAUCAUCUUUGGGGAAAAUUAUAAAUUAAAUUAGGAUGCAUAUGUACCUUUUCUACAUAUAUAUUUAUAUAUAUUACAGUGCUAUAUAUCUUGAAAACAUUAAUACUGUCUAGACAUAAUUAAUAACCCAUGGAAUGAAGAAUCCUCGCAAACUAUAUAUUUUAGCAGUAAAUUUGUUAAUAUAGCA